UAGUGGAAGAACACACAAACGAGUUACGAUAUAUACACACAUCUCAACUUUUUUUCCAUUUUCAUUUCUAAUAAUUUCUCUUUUUUCUAUCAAUUACAUCACUUAUCACAUCUUUACUUUCUUUCUCCUUUCUUCAUGUCUCUUUCUUCCUCCACCUCUCCACACUUCAAAAAUGAGAUGUGAAGAUAUAAUUAUUCCUCCUAGACACAAUGGCACAUCCUACUAUGCCACCCUCCCGAACUUACCAUUCACUUUUAACCCACACGUAUAUACUAGAUUCACAGGAAUCUGACACCUUGUAAUACACACGUCAAACUCUAGAAACCCUCACAUAAUUUGGCUGGUUACUAUAAAACUAUACUCAUAAAUUAAUCACCUUUCAUCAACCAUCUUCUAUUUCUCCCUUUGCAAAAAGAAAAAAAAAAAAACUUAGCUGGAAGUGUUUAACUGAUGGCUCCAAGGAAAGCUAAGAAGAUAGUGGUCAGAUCCACCAAGAAAGUUGUGGAGUCAAGUGUGGAAAUCACAGUUGGAAGAAGCAGCAAAAGGCUAACUCGAAGUAACUUACAAAAUCAGAUAGGGGAAGGAGAAGUUGAAGCUCUAGGCCAAGAGAGUGUGAGGGUCAUUCCAAUUCAAGAAGUGAUUCCUCCUCAAGCCAAAGAGGAAGAUCAUGAUGCUAGCACAACCACUUCAACUACUGAAAACAAAGCAGAGCAAGAAAGCACUCAAAAUGGUGAACAUAUCCAAAAUCAGAAGGAAGAGAAAACCAGAGACAUUGAAGAGGUGAAUAAAGCAGAGCAAAACAAAGAUAUUGCAGAGGUGAAGAAAGCAGAGCAAAACAGAGAUAUUCUAGAGGCAGAGGAAAACAGAGAGACUGUAGAGGCAGAGCAAAACAGAGGCAUUGAGAAAAAACAGGGGAAGAAGGCCAAGAGGACCCGAAAAGGGAAUCAAGGAAAAGAGAAAAAGAAGACAAAAAGGGGAAAGAGAAGUGAAGAAGGGUACCAGAGGUAUGUGUACAGGGUAUUGAAGCAAGUUCACCCUGACAUGGGGAUUUCUGGUAAAGCCAUGACUAUUCUGAACAAUUUCAUGAAUGACAUGUUUGAGAAGCUGACAUAUGAGGCUUCUAAGCUGAAGGACUACACUGGACACAUGACAUUGACAUCAAGGGAGAUUCAAGGAGCAGUGAGGCUGGUUUUGCCUGGGGAGCUUGGGAAACAUGCCAUUUCAGAAGGGGUCAAAGCUGUGACCAGAUAUACAUCCUAUGCAUGAUGCCUGAUAUAUAGACAUAAUUAUGUAUAUGUGGACUUUCAUGUUUUUCAGUCUUUGGUGUUGGUACAUGUGAAGCUAGUUUGUAUAUAUGCACUUGAGAAGUGUUUUGGUGUAGGUAGUUUUUUGUAUUUGUACUUAGGAGAAGAAGCAGCCAAAUGGAAA